AGAUCGAACCAAGCUUGAUUCAACAGGCUUUGCAUGUGAUACCAGUAUAUCAUCUAUAGUUUGUGUUACAAACAAACCUGUCAAAAUCGACAUGACCACACUCAAAGUCCAUCUUCCGCCACCGCAACCCAACACCACCACCACCGCCACCGUCGUCCGGCCAUAUGCUAUGCAAGAAAGUCCAUAUGUCAUGAAAUACAUUACUCCCGUAACCAUCACAACCACCGAUCCGUCACAACUUACUUGCGAUCAUAACCACCAACACCCCGCCGUAAUCUUCUCAACCGGCGGAUACACCGGAAACGUAUUCCACGAACUUAACGAAAACAUCAUACCUUUAUUCAUCACUUCUCGCCUUUUCAGAUCUCGCGUACACUUCAUUACCGUCGACCACAAACCUUCCUUCAUUCAGAAAUACCGGCGAGUGUUUUCACGACUAACCGAUCACGAAAUCAUAAACCCGGCCGUCGAUUCAACCGUCCAUUGCUUUCCGGCAGCUGUUACAGGUUUAAAGUUCCACAAAUUUCUCGGCGUAAACACAUCGGAAAAUCCACAAGGUUUCUACUCGAUGCCGGAUUUCAGAGAAUUCAUCCGACAAACUUACCGAUUAAAAACCAAAUCUGUUUUCGAUUCACGUAAUCCGCCAUUAUUGCUUCUAAUUUCUCGUCAGAGAACCAGAAAAUUCCUGAAUCAAGCGGAGAUGGUGAAGAUGAUGGAGGAGUUAGGGUUUCGAGUGAUCGUCGCGAGUUCUGAUAAGGAAAUGUCGAACAUUGAGAAAUUUUCGCGUGUGAUAAACUCCUGCAGUGUUAUGGUGGGGGCGCAUGGAGCUGGGUUAGCGAACGAAGUGUUUCUUCCCGACGGGGGUGUUAUGAUACAGGUGAGACCACUGGGGUUUCAGUGGGGCACAGAUGCUUUUUAUAGUGAACCGGGUCCAGGGAUGGGUUUGAAGUAUUUGGAGUACAGGAUUGAACCGGAGGAGAGUUCUUUGGCUGAGGUGUACGGUCUAGACCAUCCGGUGGUGGCGGAUACGGCGUCCGUGGCGGCAAAAGGAGGAUACGCGGCGGCAAGAGAAAUAUAUUUAAAUAAACAAGAUUUAAGAAUAAAUUUAAAUCGGUUUAGAGAGACGCUUAUUGAAGCUCUAGGAUUCGUGGGGCGUCAUACAAACAUUUCCAACCGUUAGAUUGUUUGAUUUAAUUUAUACAUACAAAUAUAUAUAAAUAUCAAGGUUUU